AUGGACAGUCCCCAAUCUCCACGCCCGAUGGACGCACAAGUGGAGCCACCCGAGGACGUUCCGAGAGCCAUGUCCGCACACAGCUACUAUCGCGUCAGGAGCGAGUCCACGCUCGAGGAGCUCCAGAACCAGCUAGAUGAGCAGGCUAUGGCAGGUGGGGGGUCGGCUUCAGAGCGUCUCGAUCGCAUCGUGCCAGAACCAGAAAGCCCAGCGACUAUGCCGAAGACAGGUACGGGCGGUACAGGUGCAGGGUCCCUUCAGUCCCUUGAACUCGGCGAUGUCAUAGAGCACCGUCCAUCCAUGCGGGAUUUGCAUUCUGCAGUCGACAACGUUGUUUUGGGACAGUUGGGUUCGCUGGACUUACUAGGUGCAGAGAGCAAGGAUGAGGCGCCCGUCGGCAACCACAAAUGCUGUCAGGCUGCAAUCGAUCGCCUUUGUCUCAUCCUUUUCCUGCCCAUUGGUGUGGUCCUGCAGGGCCGAUCCCGGUGGGUAGCCACUGUGCGCAGUGCCGCCAUGAUCGUGUGCAUAAUGCUGUGGGCAGCGUGUUUGUACUCGGCGGUCACUGGAAGUAGCACCGGGUGGCAAAUGGGCAGCUGCUUGCAGCAUCUCUGCGAAGCAACCGCGAACCUAAUCCUCCUUGCGCAGAAAAAUUGCAGCACCAGCUUUCACAAGUUCAAUGCGUAUGCGAAGGAGGCCACGCAUUCCCUAAACAUGGCUUCAGCCCAAAAGUCCGCCAUCAAGUGGCACACCCUUGCGGUUUUGGGAUGCCUCGCCAGCUGGAUGCUUUGCCAUGCCGUGAAAGUCCGACUCGUCGCAUUGGGCGGAGGUGAGAUGACAUGGCAAGUCAUCCUGUUGCCUUGCCUCCAAUGCCUUUACCGCGGGGCUUGGGUGUUAUGGCUACUGCGUUUGAACGAGUUUGUCAACGGCCUGGUGGAUGCCUUCUGCCGCACCUGCGCGAGCAAUCCUGAAGAUGUGGAGUCUGCCUACAUUCGCUGGACUCGCGUCACUGCUUUCACCGGGCAGAUCACACACCAUUGCCAGGCAGUGUAUGUCGUCAUGUUUGUGACCGCGCUGACGGGUGGAAUUGGCCCCCUCCUGGAGAUUUUUCUACCAAGCAGCUUGCCCUCGCAGAACACAAGCUGGGUGCUGCCGCAGCUCAUGGCGAGCAUCACGGCGUGCUGGCUGAUGACAUACAUCUUUGGGAGUGCUGCAGAGGUCAGUGAAAAGUGCAGGAAGGCGGUAUCCUUCGUGAACUACUUGCAGGGGUGCUUGCCGGGGCAAGUGAGGGCUGAGCUUCGAUGGCUGGUCCACUACAUGGAGAGAAGUGACUCUGGCAUCUUCUUUGGGGGAUCCAAGCUCAAUCUUUCCUGGUUGUCAAGAUUGCGGUACUUGAUCUUCAGCGCCUCUGUCUUCUUGGCGGCACGCUUGCAGACCCUGCCGGAGGCUCGGAAAGUCCAACUCCUGGAACAGUGGAGCCAGUUCCUACGUGCCUUGGCUGUGUGGGAUUGA